ACACUGGAUCGUGGUGAUGAAUGGAUGCCUUCUACGGAACAUGUGUCUCGAUGCAUUAGCAGACAUUUUCGUGCUUUAAUUUGUCGAAACCAACGCAUACUAAAGCAAUUCAUUUGCCGAUUUACGAUCAGCGAAGAGAACGUUCAGUGUUCGUAGUCUUCUUAUAAUUAUAAUCUCGAACAUUGAGGCAUACAUGAAAUGAUCUGUAAAAACUUUCAUGAACUUUAGGGUCUGUGUUCUGUUCGCAUCGCCUGACACUAGGUAUUGUUGAACGGGUGCUGGCAGUAGUCCUUAAAUCUGAAACAAGUACCUUGUCCCUAUCUGCUACUGGUGGUGCUUUAAAAGUUAUUUGACAAGGUGAAACCAUAAUGAUGAAUGCUGGUCCUGCCAAGUCCGAACAACCUGACACAGGUCUCUUAAUAGAACAUCUUACACAGAUAGAAGGUCUUGCUGAGAGUAUUCUUGCUGACAAGCAGAAGUUGAUCAAUUUAGACAGACAGAGAAAUAAGACACGGGAAGCAAUAAGGAUACUUCAGAAAGAUAAAUCAUCAGAAAAGAAAUGGGUCUGUUAUGGAAAUAUGUUUAUUAAGAUGGAGAAGAGAAAGGUAUCAAGGCUUCUGGAUAAAGAUUUUGAUGAGAUUGAAAAAGAAAUGGCAAGUACACGAUCUGAACUGAAACCUAAAAUGAGUCAGCUUCGAGAUAUGGAACAUGAAGAAGAUAUACAAGGAUUUAAUCUGCAACCACUAAGUGCUGAUGAACUGAAUUCACUGAAAGAUUUGUUGUGACUGGAAAUGAUCACCAUAUGUAUGACAAUUUCUAUUAGCUUUAACUAAACUUUGCAUAGUAUCCUUUUUCCAAGGAAGCAGUUGGCCUAGUGCGUAAAGAACUGGUAUCCAAACCUGAAGGCAAGCCUUUUUAAUACCUGUGUGGUGCAGCAACCUUCCCCCAUUUGACCUGACUACUGAAAAUGAGUACUAGACCUUGGAGGGUUGGGGAAGAUAAAACAGAAAGGCAGAAGAGAUGGGCACCACCCCCUAGGAAAAAAAAAACAAAACCAAAAAAACCCUCAAAACAAGCAUGUUCCAUCACCCCACCUCCCACCCCCCCCCAACAAAGAAAAAAGUGGUCUCGCUUCAUUUCCAGUAACUGAAAGAUUACCUUUUCAUCUUUUUACAAUAUUCUUGCAUUUACGAGUGAUGCAGUUAAAAGAAAUGAAUGAUGUGCAAAAUUUUGUGCUUUCUUUUUCCUCUACAGUAUUCGACAACUGCAACAAGCAGGAAAAUAAAACAGAACUAGUGUAGAAAAAAGCAUAUUGAGAAUAUUCUUAUUGCCAUAAUUUGGAAUUUGUUCAGAAGUGAAGAAUGUGAGGCAAGAACAUGGUGCUGUCUACACCAUUAAAGUGUAAAAUGUUAGGGCAGGCGUGAAUGCUGGACACUUGAUACAUGCACAGCAAGACAUCCACAGUUGGUGAUGGUGAUAAUCUCCCCAUACGAUUCACUUCAUUUAAUUUAUAUUGAAAAGCUAGGUUCUUUAGUAACUGAUGACAAUCAAGAAUAUGUGAAAACUUGUUCAUUUGAAACACAAACUAUUAUUUCACUUAUAAUUUAGAACUAAAGUUUCUUAUUCUUCCAGCAAAAAUUUUAAACAGAUAAGAAGACAAACAUAAAACUAUUUAUGCCAAUGUUCAUCUUUCAGAAAACUUUUAAUAAAAGCAUAAGAGAAUUUAAACAUGUAACAUUUCUACUUGUCAGAUGUCCCCAAAAUAAGUUAAAUAAAAAGAUAUUUUAAAAUG